AGCUUAGAAGCCUGGAGAAAUUUUAAGUUUAAAAACUGCGAGGCAGACCAACAGCAAUAGUGUUUGUUUUCAGAGGUGCAUGUCUGUUUGCAUGUGGAGGCAUGAAACGUUUCGUUUUUAUUCCAAUUCUUUUCCCCCUCUUAGCCAGGUUUUCUCUGUAAACAAAUGCAUGUGCCUCAGUUUGUUUAUACUCGCAUUAAUGUACAAAUGGAUUAAAGUAUUCCACUGAAGGGAAGGUUAUGUAGUAGAGCACAUGAAGGACUUGCUCAGACUGAUCAAUGCCAUGCCAGCAUAAUUACUUCUGGGACAUAAAAGUUUGGGAGGUCUUAACCUUUGUAAAUAAUUAAAGAUGUACUUUUGUUGCCAUUGCUAUAACUAUACAAACUUAGGCUACUGAAAACUUGACUUAGUCUCCCGAAAUGUCUUUCAGGGGAUUAUGUGAGGGAGGAGAGUAAGGUAACUUUUUUCCACCUGCCUUUUGGUAAGCAUUUACAGUAUGUAAAGAAUGCAGAGGAAUCAUAAACCCAGAUUCAGAGCAGUUAGUCUGUGUGGAGAAGCAUGCAGAUCACACUGGAAAGGCUGGAGGUGGAUUUUGAAUGGUGCUCGAGUAUGUGUAUUAUAAUGUAUCUAGUUUAGGUGGCUCAGUGUUGUGUUGGAGGAGAGUAUAUUCCUUACAAAAUACAAAGAGGAGAAGGAUAGCACAGAGGCAGAAACAUGCACUGGAUUCUUACUAGAAACAUACACUCUGCUGGGUGUAGUCUUGAGGGCCUACGAUUUGAGGUUGUUCCAUCAUGGUUUAAGGAGACUCUUGAAAAGUCAUCUUUUGCAGCUCCUUACGAGUAUGCCAUAGAAACAGCAAAACAGAAAGCUCUUGAAGUAGCAAACAGAAUGCAUGUAAAACACCUUAGAACUCCUGAUAUUGUUAUAGGAGCAGACACUAUUGUGACUGUGGAUGAGCAGAUCCUGGAGAAACCAGUUGAUAAGCAAGAUGCAUAUAGGAUGCUGUCAAGGUUGAGUGGGAAAGAGCACAGUGUUUUCACAGGAGUGGCUAUUAUACAUUGCAGCAGUAAAGAUAAUCAGCUGGAGAUGGAAGUCACUGAUUUCUACGAAGAAACUAAAGUGAAAUUUUCUGACCUGUCUGAAGAGCUUUUAUGGGAAUACAUUCAUAGUGGGGAGCCAAUGGACAAAGCUGGUGGAUAUGGAAUCCAGGCCCUCGGUGGAAUGUUAGUUGAGUAUGUCCAUGGGGACUUCUUGAAUGUGGUGGGAUUUCCCCUGAAUCACUUCUGCAAAAAGCUAGUAGAGUUGUACUAUCCACCCCCUAAACAUAGCAUAUGCCAUAUAAAGCAUGACUCUGUCCCUCCUGUGGACACUUUUGAGAACCUAAGUGAUGGAGAAAAUGAAUCUUCAAAUUUUGCAGAGCAUAAAGGUGCUAACAAGUUGGACAAUAGUAGGACACAUCCUUCAGGACCUGUUUACAAUUCAGAAGACCAUUACUGUGUCAAGACGGGUUUUAUGGUGCCUUUGGAAAAUACAGCAAAAUCCCUACCUACAAUUCUAGAGCUGAUAGAUGGUUUUAGAGCUUCAAAGGCUCUGUUUGUAGCCUGUAAGCUGAAGGUGUUUGAUCAUCUGAAAGAUAAAGGUUCGCUGAAUGCUGUGGAUGUUGCAAAUGAGGUUGGAGCUUCCCUGUGUGGAAUGGAAAGACUUCUUGAUGCAUGUGCUGCUCUUGGAUUGCUGGAGAAAACACCUCAAGGUUACAGUAAUACAGAUUCAGCAAAUACCUAUCUGACAUCAGAUGGUAAAUACUCACUUCAUGGCUAUAUUAUCCACUCUAAUGAGCACCUUUGGCCUCUCUUUACAAACCUGGAAUUUGCUGUCAAAGAAGGAACCAGGCAGAACCAUCGAGCCUUUGGAAAGAAAACAGAGGAUUUAUUUAAGGACUACUAUCACAGCCAGGAGGGGAAGCAGCGUUUUAUGGCUGCCAUGCACAGCAUUGCCCACCUGACAGCAAGAGAUGUGGCUACAGCAUUUGAUCUUUCACAGUUUAAGUCUGCCUGUGAUUUAGGAGGUUGCACUGGAGCUCUGGCUCAUGAAUUAGUACAAAUAUACCCAAAUCUAAAGAUCACUGUAUUUGACCUUCCAGAAGUCAUUGCAAACACCUCUUAUUUUCAGCCUUCAGGACAAUGCACAGCUCCAGUGACAUUUAUAUCAGGUGACUUCUUCAAGGAUAAUCUUCCAGAAGUAGAUCUUUACAUUCUUUCACGUGUCCUUCAUGAUUGGCCUGAUGAAAAAAAUCAUACACUACUAAGCAAAAUAGCAGCUGUUUGCAAACCAGGAAGUGCCUUGCUAGUGGCAGAAAUUGUGCUUGACGAACAGAAGACACAUCCUCCUAGAGCUCUGCUGCAGUCCCUCACUAUGACUGAAGGCAAGCAGAGAAGUGGCUCAGAAUAUAAACAACUACUGGAGAAAUAUGGAUUCAUGAAUGUACAAAUUAAGAUCACAGAAAACUUAUUAGAUGCUCUUUUGUGCUUCAGAAAGAGUCAGUCACUUUAGUGUGCACAGAAACAACCUGGGACACUGAGCUCUUAUAACAUUUUUACAAUAUACUUAUCCACAACCAGCAUAUAGUGUCAGUUGCUUAGGAUCACUUUUUGACCUUUACCUGUCAUAGCAGCAUAGAUAUUGCAGCCAAACCGUUAUUCAAAAACCUGUAUCUCAUUUAGUUUCAUUAAAAAGUGUCUGGGGCAGCCUGGAAGUCCUGUGUGUUACAUACCUUCAUCUCUAGUUCUUUUGAGUGGUUUUGUAGGCUAUAUAAAGCUUAGAGUUGACAUAGCUGUAUGGCAUGGUGAGUUCAAACUACUAGUCUGCAUGAGCUAUGUUCAUACCUUAAUUUUAUUAGACUUGCAAGAUCUGUGCAAAAAUUCUCUUAUGAAAGUUACAUAAAGAAAUAAGUUUCUUCAUGUUCCAGUUUUAAAUUGGAGAGGUAAGCCCAUACUGUAUACUCCAUUUUUCAACUAAUUUGUCAUUGAUGUUACCAUUCCUAACUUUUCUUUUCCUCAUACUACAUUGAUAUUUUUCUAUUUAAAAUGUACUUUGUAGUAGAAUCCUUCCUGGAGAUUAAAGUUGCACUUUAAAACUAGCUCUUAUUUUGAGAGUUGAGGUUUUUGUCUGCCACACAUUUCUACAGGAGUAACUCCAGUGAGCCAGUGUGAAAGAAGCAGUGCCUGUGUUGAAUUGCUAACCUCAGCAAUUUAAGGGGGUUGAUGAGCAAGGUCAAGAGUUGCUCACAUCUGCCUGUCAGACUCUGUGUUAGGUUAUUCAAUAAGUGAAGUUACUUUGCUCUUUGGGCACUGAAUGAGGCAAAAGCACCAUAAUGAGAAGCAUGCUUACUACAGAGUUUCAGCUGCACAAAGUCAAGAAAACAUAUCAAACUUCCCAGAUAAGGCCAAACUGCAUUCAUAAAAAUUCAUAAAAAAUUCAUAAAAAGCUUCUGUUAAGAAUUAAAAAAAAAUCUCUAUCUAAUCUGUGCAAACAUUAUUUAGAGGUAUAAGGAAAAUACCCAGCUACUGAAUAAACUGUAAAUCUAAAAUAACCCUUUUUUUUGCAUUGACAUGUCUGCCAUUAUACUUAACUAUUUUGUAUUUUGAGAGAUCAUUCAAGCCAUUAGAUGUCUCAUUUCAUAAACCUACUCAUAAAGUUCAAAAUGCAGUUCUUUAGGCAGCUGGAAGCUGUUUGAGUCAGAACAUUGUAGUUUCAAACCUGGCGUACCUGGAACUGUCACAGACUUAAACCUGUGUCUCUAAAUACUAAGUACUCACUGACUGUAAAAUUUAAAUAGCACAUGCUUGGCUCCUGUGCAAACUCAGCGUACUCUGAAUCACAACAUUUUAUACUUGCUGAACUUUAGUCCCUUGGGCAUGGUGUCUGCAGUAAUGCACCACAGCUUUGCUAGGCUUUACACAAAAGAAACAUUCUCAAGGUGUGAAUAUGAAAAUUUUAUUGAAAUAAAAUGCUGUUAUAUUGGA